CAUUCAUAUUUUGAUUUCUUAGCUCUCUCCAGUCUGGGGUUCUGGUUCAAAGGACGACUUUUCCGUUUUCUGUCAGUGUCAGAUUUAUUUCCAAAUGGAUUUCACUAUCCGACCUUCUAAGCCAGAAGAUAGCAAAGACAUAGCUCGGAUGAUAUUCGAUUUGGCAGAAUAUGAAAAAAUGGGUGACCAAGUUAAAAUAGGCGACGAAGAGCUGAAACGGGACGGGUUCUGUGAAAAUCCUUAUUAUAAGUGUCUCAUUGCAGAAGUGCCCGAGGAGCACAAAACCAAAGACGGUCAUGUCAAAGUUGGCUAUGCCCUCUUCUUUUACACGUAUAGCACAUGGAAGGGCCGCUGUGUCUAUCUGGAAGAUUUGUAUGUCAUGCCCGAACUGCGAGGUAAAGGGAUUGGAAAGGCACUGAUGUGCUCCGUGGCUAAAGUGGGCAAGGAGCAGCAGUGUGCCCGGCUGCAGCUGUCGGUUCUGGACUGGAACACUCCGUCGAUGGACUUCUACCUGGCCAAGGGUGCCCAGGACCUGACCAAAAGCGAAGGAUGGCACUUCCUACGCUUUGAUGGAGCGGCGCUGGACAAGCUGGCAGAGGAGGCCCCCAAUAAAUAACACCAGAGGGCCUCUUAAAGUUUAUGAGGGCAACACAGGGCAACUUGGUGAGCAACGUUUCUGGGCAAAAAUACUAUGUCAGGUUAUUUGGACUUUUAAUCACUACAACACUUUAAUCAAGAGAACUUGGGUGAGCAGUAGGGUAGUUGAUCAUUCUAUCAGAAAAUCAGGAGCCAGUCAUGUUGUUGCCCAGCAACAUUGCUCAAAAAGUUGCCCUGUGUACAAUAAUACAGUAUAGUUAUAUACAAGUCAGUGCCUGUGUAUAAUCACCCUUACUAUGAAGAUCUGUAGUUUGUAAUGACUAUCAGUGAUGACUGUGACUGUAUUUGUUGUCAAGGUGCUUUUGUGAUAUUUCAAAGAUGAGUACAGUCCUUCCCAGAAGUUUUGUUUCCUAUCCGUGUUGUUGGAACAACAGCUAAUAACCUGAUGUUCAAUUUAUCAAUUGGCUUCAGAGGUCGCACAUAAAGAAGGCUAUAACCAAAUGAAGCAAAUGACUUAAUCAACAAAUUGUAUGAGUCUUUGCUGAAACACAUACAUGACAUGCAGUCCUUCAAGCUAAAGGAAGUCAUACAAGAUAUUAUUUUGGAUCUUUCAGCACCAGUGCCUCAGGUUCUGAUGUUAUGUAACAUGUUUGAGUGUUUUUAAGUGAUUUAUCUGCUCAUUUUUCACAUUAUUUUCUGUAAGCGACAAUACUUUUGUCUUGCCGAAAUCUGCCCUUUCCAUAUCCAUUCAAUGAUUUAUCUUUCUUCUGUGCAACAAAUUUAUUUUUGUACAUAAACAUUUUUUGAGGGUUGUAGCUUUCAUAUGAGUAAGUUCUGAAGCCAAUUGAUUUAUUGAAAAUCAGUUUAUUAGCUGUUGUUCCAAAUCCAUGGAUAGGCAACAAAACUUCUGGGAAGGACUGCAUAUCAUCAAUUGCAGCUGUACGGUAACUCUUACUACCAUCUAGAUUGUAAUUUUUAUAACUAUCUGAAUCGGAAUUUGUGUUUUGUUUUUCUGUGAUGCUGUUGUGUGCACAGCCUGUAGGAUGUAGUAUGGCGCAAUUUGAUUUUUUAAAAUACAUGAUGCCACUAAGUGGCUAUGGCAAAAAAAGACCACUGUGUUUCAGUGAAACCUGAGAUAGGCCCAACGCCGGAAUCCUAGUCUCGUGCCCUGCUCCUUAAACUCUGGACUGUAGAAAACAUUUCAUUUUAGAUCCUAAUUUACCAAGUUUCCGUAUUAUGAUGGGAUCUCAGUCGCAGAUCUCCCUAGUCCCAGGAUAAUUGUGUGAUUGCACUCAAUUAAUAUGAACUAUGAAUAUGAAUAUGAAUAUUCCAACAAUAUCGGUUAAGUCUGAGUCCAGCUGUCAAGGGUUACAUUUACUUGUAGAACUGAUUUGCAUGCGACCCGACUAAUUUCUUUAUGCAUGUCCAUCCCAUAUGAGAGACGUCUAGAACAAAUCAGAGGUUAAAGUUGCUGGAAGGUACCAUAUUUAUGAGAUCCUAGGUCACAUACACUUUACUCCUAUUCGACUGCAAUAGGAAGCGAGAGGUGCAUGUCAAGAACUACACUCAGAAGAUCUGAUCAUCCCGAGUAAGUUCCAGUUUACGAUAACAGAUGUCAGAACAUUGGAUGCAUCCGUUUGUUUAAGAGUGAUAUGACCAUGGGGCUGUAGUAGACAGCUGUACAGUACAUCUUCACAGUCAAUUACAGAUUUGAUUUCGAACCUCCCGUUAUGUCAUUCUGUUAGAGGUAUUAGUUAGGUGACAUCACUUCUCAAACAUUUGUCUGAAACGGGCCAAGGACCACUUUGUUCCCAAACAAAAAAUGUUUUGUUCGUUUAUAUUUUUCAGGGACCCCCUGUCAACUGAAUUGAUGGGCUUGCUCACACUACAUGUACAAGUGCUGCAAAUGGGGAUCACUUAUUUUUUAUAUUAAUUAUGUGAGGUAUCUUGCAGACCACAGUUUGAGAACCACUGGCCUUGUUAGAUCUGGUCUAGCUAAACACAUGAAACUGGGUGGCAGUGUUGUGCCACUGCAUAGGCUAUAUAGCACUUUUUAAUCCUUAUUCAGUAUUACCAAUAGCAGCUCACAUACAGAAUCUGCAUAUGAAAUAUUUACAAAUAUUUACCACAACGCAAUUGACUUUAACCACAUUUGACAAAAAGUCAUUGUUGUGUCUACUAGUUUUUCUCUGUUGGAAAAAUCCAAUUGCCUCUUUGAAACAUUUGAACUUACUGACAUACAGUAAGUUGAAGGUUGACCAGAAAAACAGCAGUGUGCGAUGACUCACCACCACCAUGUUUACUAUUUGACCUUGAUGCUAUUAAUGUACCAUCUAGUCUUUGAUAUUCCUAUUUAUGGAUUUAUUGAUUUAUACAACAGCAUUUUGAUCAGCAUACCUCAGCCUCCUGACGUGCCAAAUGAUCUUUGUUAUUCCUGUUUAUGGACUUAUUAAUUGAUUUAUCACCAUUUUGAUCAGAACAUCACAACCUGAAGGUGUAAUAUUGUGCAACUGCUCCUUUGUAGUUAGGUCAGGGUACCGGAAUAGCAUGUGGUAUAUGGACUGUUGGUACGAUAAAAUGUGAUAAGUUAACUGUCUGUGAUUGUUGUGUAACAGUGUUUCUCCGGUUACACCAUGUGACAUACACCAUGUGACAGCCCCCAACCAAGAAAACUUUCAUUAACACAAGAUUUUUUUUCCAAAUCAUUUCUAAUAGACUAUUGUGACCAUUUCGAUACAAAACUGCACAAAAGCAUGAAUAAAGAGAAGGACAUUUGCAAGUUGGUAGGAAGUUAAAUGACUUCUACCAUUAAAGGGACAAUUAACAUUCA